AUGGAUGCGUCCUUCCCAAAUCCUAUGACCCUCUCCCAGCUUGGUGAGGGGAAACCUGAGGUACAUCAGAGCAAGUGCAAAGAAAUCUCGGACCCAGAUUACACAGCAGACAUCAACGAAGGACAAUUCACUGCGUCUUCCAUCAUAGUCGGCAUGCUGAACAAUCGCCUGGCUGAAAUGACUACCUACACGCCGGUCAGCGGUGGCUUUAUCGGACUCGCAGGCUACUGGGUGGUAGAGGCCUUGGGCUCAUGGCGGGAUGGAAUUUCUUCAUCUACAAGGCUUCAACUGUUCACUUCGAGAUAUGUUCGGUUAAUCUACUGCUGGAGUACUGGCGUCACCCCACUCCCGUCAUCGCCGUCUUUCGCUUGGAGCAAACCUUCCUCUGACUUUACCAUCGCAACAUCAGCUGAUAAGGAUCCUAUGGUUUAG